UGUGAAUAGCCAAAAGCGAGCAAAGACAUUGUAGUGUGCAGCAACAACAGACGACACACAGGUAAUCCAUCAGUUGUGCACUGCUCACAGCCAAAGAGAGCAGGAAUCACCACCAACACGCUACAGACCGUGCAGUUCCUGUUAGCCUCCACCACCUUUCUGCUACCAUGAGUGAUGAAGAGGGCACCCUUGAAGUCAAUGGCACAGUCACAAAUGUGACUUCACCGUCCAGCAUGACUCCUGAAAACAUACCUGAAAUUUUGUCUGAAUUAAAGAAGGGGCCUCCAGUGGCCCCCAAGCCUGCCUGGUUUCGCCAGAGUCUGAGGAAAAUUAGGGAUGAGCAGGACCAGAAGAAGCAAGCUAAACAAUCAGAACAAAGACCUGAUACAGGCUUCGGCAGAAGCUUUAAUAUCAGAUCUGCAUCAUCUGAGGCCAAACCAUCAUUCAAGCAAAAAAUUCACUCUUUUGAGACUUUCUCCAGUCCAGAAAGUCCAGAGAAGGGGAGCAACAGAAGGCCAGCGGCUUCUUCUGCCUCCCUCUCUCCAGUGCAGAAGGGAUCCAGAGGCCCUUGGUCUUCCUAUUCUGCCUCACAUGAAGAUAAUGUGAAGAAUAAACCUGAAUUCCCAAGAGAGAUCCAGUCAAAGGAAUCAGCACCUGUUAGGGAGGAAGACAGCAUACCUGUCUCUGCUGCACCCUCUGCCAUCACCUCAGCCCCGAAUGAAGCUUGUAGUCAAACAACAGCCAAGUCCUCUGAAGAUGAACCCCCUUUCAGUCAGUCCCCCACUGAUCCCCUCUGUCCUGAGACCAUCAGCACUGAUCUGGACUCAGGGAUAAAUGAUAAUAAUUCCACUCCGGUGCAUGACAACAGCAAAGUCUUGCCGCCCAAACUCAAUUCUGAGCAAGAAAGAGUGGAUCUCAGUGAUCCUAGUGUCCAUUGUCCUGAAACCUCUAUGGAGUCCAAUCAAAAUGAAGAUCAAAAUACUUCAGACAGGACAGAGGGGGAAGGAAAGCUGUUGAAGACAACUCCGAGUGCUGCUUCAGCCACAGAGAGUAACUCCCUGAGCAGCCCAGACAGUGAAAACUUAGGGAAAAUAAUUACCUUCAGUAACCAGGUUUCACAAGCGCUGAUGCGCUCUCUGCCCAUCUCCAGCCAUGUUAAACCUUCCUCCACAAACCUGCAAGACACCUCUGAACUGGACGAUAAUAACCAGCAGGAGUCUGAGCCAGGCUUGGACACUUCAGACAGAGCUUUCUCUGUCAGCCUAGCCACACUGAGGGAGUGCACAAUUGAACAAGGAGAGAGCGGAUUUCACAACGAGACGGCUUCUGCUUCUGCUCACUCUGUUAUCUCAGCCAUCCCUUCACAGGAAAUACUGGGGAUGAUUGAGGAAGUAAAAGCUUUAGAUGAAGCAACACUGAAGCAACUGGUGAACAUCCAUGUUGUGAUUCUUCAUAAAGAGGAGGGAGCUGGGAUGGGCUUCAGCAUUGCUGGAGGCUGUGACCUGGAGAGCAAAGCUAUUACAGUUCACAGAGUGUUUCCCAGUGGCCUGGCAGCUCAGGAGGGCACCAUUCAGAAAGGUGACGAGGUAUUGUCUAUAAAUGGACAAACACUGCGGGGUGUCACACACAGUGAUGCCACCACUGCCUUGCGUCAGGCCCGCAGUCUGAAGCUGGCUGUGAUAGUUGUCUACAAGAGAGCCGAGGAGGAGGGAAGAGAAGAAGGAAGCUGCAGGAGUGAGGAGCCACACCCUGCAGAGGAGGAAUGGGGGGCUCCAGUGAGUGUGGUGCUGGAGAAAGGUGUUGGUGGGGUUGGCUUUACUCUGGAGGGAGGAAAAGGCUCAAUCCAUGGAGACCGACCUUUAGUCAUCAAAAAGAUAUUUCAAGGGGGAGCAGCAGAGCAGAGUGGUCUGGAGAGUGGAAAUGAAGUGUUGGAGGUUCAGGGAGCAAGUCUGCAGGACAUGACUCGAUUUGAGGCAUGGAAUAUGAUCAAGGCUUUACCCGAAGGACCCAUCACAGUGGUCCUCAGGAGGAGGCUGGGGGGCGUGGAAUGAUAGGCACAGCUCAUGGGAGCUGCUUGGGGCCAAAACAAACAAACAUACAGCAGCCUCAAUGGCAAUCAAGGCACACAGAUUUUUAUUUUAUUUUUAAAAUCUCAUCAGGUUAAUGUUUCUUUUGUCUAGGGUUUCUGUGAAUUUCACUUAACUGCUUUCAGUAGAAAAAUACUGAAAUGGCACAAGUUGUUGCCUUUCCAGUCUUGUGGUGAGAAAAAAGAAAACCACUUACAUGCACACAUAGAACUGUGAUACUGUCAAAUUGGUCAAGCACACAAAAACUAAACAAAUUUCUAGAAAUUAAAGGUCUGUGUAUCUCCAAAAGUAAUACAAAAUCCAAUUCAUUGUCAAUGGUUUGAAUACUGCAAUGUUCAUUUUGCUUGAACUAGCUUGCUUAGUGAUGUUAUAGUAAUUACAGUAAGUGCUUGUAAUGUGGAACCACACAAAAUAAAAAUUGGAAUUUGGAGGCAGCUCAGUACCUAAAUAGCUGCAAGCCUCCUAUUAACACUCACACAUAAAUAGUGUGCAAGUAUCUGUAACUUCAGUUCCUACUGCUGCAGUAACUCAGCAUUGAAUGUCAUUAAAAGAUUAAAUAAGACAACAUAUUAGCUUUGGUUUGAUUUGAAAUUGAUAUUUUAGAGCAAUCACCGAAUAGAAUGUGCUUUACUAGUAUAUUAAUUUGGUAUUGGUACUAAUCCAAAGUGAUGUAGUUCCAGUGUUGAAUACCCAAAUGUAAAAAUGACAAAACAGCAGCUUCUGUGCUCUGUGUUUAAGUCAGAGCCGUGUGCCUGAAAUAACAAUAUAAGAAUGUCCAACGAAUCCAAGAGCAGAAAAAAAAGAUGUUUAGGGCAGUCUGAACAUCCACCAUUGUAACAAUAGCAUAAUAAAUCCCCUUUAAGUAAUUUCAGAGCUCAAGAUGAUCAUUUGUAUGCAUCAGUUACUAAUGGCCUUGCAAGUUUGUGAAAACUUUUUCUUCACCAUGACAACUCUAAAAUUGCCCACAGCUUCCUUGUAAAUCAUGUUUAUCACCUCCACAAUGAAAGUGCACCAUUUUCCUAUCAUCUAUAAUUUUCAUAUAGCAGUAAUAAUCUGAUAACAAUCAGUCUCACCCCAUCUGCCACCAAUCAGGUUAUGGUAAAUGGACUAGUUCUUAUAUAGCUCUUUUCUACUCUAAUUGAGCUCUCCAAGCGCUUAUGCAACACAUGGUUAUGUGAACCACUUCCUACAUCAUGAAGUCAAUGGGAAGCAGGUGAUAUCAUGCCCCC